CCUGCUGAUUUCUGCUUGCCAUAUUGAUUGCAGCAGGGUAUAAUGGAGACAAGUCAGGCAGAAAGCCAGCCACCCUUGGGAAUGAUUAAAGAGCAGGCAGAAAAGGAUAGAAGUGAAGAAAAACAGGCUGACACUUAGGACGUGCUGGAUUUGGAGCAAAUUAUGCCCCUUUCUCCACCUCACCCCAUCCUGGUACUCGGGACCACGCAGCAGCACCUCUUUUUCAGCUCUGCCCAAAGAGAGGCACGGUAUCGACCCUCAUGUAUGCAGGGAACAAAAUCCCCAGAACUCAUACAAUAUCCCCAUUGUGCAUGGAUUUGCAGACUGAUUAUUCAGAGCGUAGCCAAGGAAAGCUCUCCGCUCGCUACGGGAACAUUUUCAGUGUGCAGUUUGGAAGUCUGACUUUUGUGGUAGUCAGCGGGUACCAGAUGGUGAGAGAAGCUCUUGUCCACCAGGCCGAAAUAUUUGCAGAUAGGCCAAAAAUUCCACUUCUCCAAGAAAUUUUUAGAGGCUUUGGGCUCAUAUCAUCCAAUGGGCAUAUAUGGAGGCAGCAGAGAAAGUUUGCUUCAGCAACACUGAAAAGCAUUGCUGUAAGUUUUGAGGAAAAAGUGCAAGAGGAGAGCCGGUAUCUUGUGGAGGCGAUCGAGGAAGAGAAAGGACAGCCAUUUGACCCUCAUUACAAAAUUAACAGCGCUGUUUCAAAUAUUAUCUGUUCCAUAACUUUUGGGAACCGGUUCGACUACCACGACAACAACUUCCAGGAAUUGCUGCACUUGCUUGCGGAAACACUGCUGCUCAUAGGAAGUUUCUGGGGCCAGCUGUACAACGCUUUUCCUUUGGUAAUGAGAUGGCUACCAGGGCCCUUCCAGAAAAUCUUCAGGCACUGGGAGAAACUUCAGCGCUUUGUGAAGGGUGUGAUCGCAAAACACAAGGAGGAGUUGGACCAGUCUGAGUCAGGCGAUUACAUUGACUGUUACUUGAAGGAAAUAGAGAAGUUUAAGGGUGACACAAGCUCUUAUUUCCAUGAGGAAAACCUGCUCUGCUCCACCCUGGACCUCUUCCUGACCGGGACAGAGACGACGGCAACUGCCAUCCGCUGGGCUCUGCUCUACAUGGCUGCGUACCCCCACAUUCAGGAGAAAGUGCAGCUCGAAAUUGACGCCGUGAUCGGCCAGUGCCGCCAGCCCACCAUGGAGGACAAGGAGCACAUGCCCUACACCAGCGCGGUGCUGAGCGAAGUGCUGCGGAUGGGCAACAUCGUGCCGCUGGGGGUGCCCAGGAUGUCCACCAGCGACACCACCCUGGCUGGCUUCCACCUGCCCAAAGGCACCACGGUGAUGACCAGCCUGACUUCGAUAAUGUUUGACAGAAAUGUGUGGGAGACCCCAGACACCUUUAAUCCCGAACAUUUCCUGGACAAAGGCCAGUACAGGAGGCGAGAGGCUUUCCUGCCCUUCUCUGCAGGCAAGCGUGCUUGUCCCGGAGAGCAGCUGGCCAGGACCGAGCUCUUCAUCUUCUUCACCGUCCUGCUGCAGAAGUUCACCUUCCAGGUGCCGGCCGGCGCCACGCUGAGCUUCGCCUUCACGCUCAGCCUCACACGCUGCCCGAAGCCCUUCCAGCUCUGCGCUCUGCCUCGCUGCUGAUGCUCCCGAGACCCCUACCUGCUGCUUUGGCCCCUCACGCACUGGAAAAUGCCCCGUUUUCCAACCACACCAUUAGAUUUUGGGCUGCAAUGGCAGGUCACAGACAUCUAGCACCCAGCGGCCUUGCUUUAACUGUGGGCAGUGGUAGGGAGGGCAGGAGGGUGCUCUGCACACUGCAAUGAGGACAGCCCUUGGGACACUUCCCUUUGUCUCCUGCCACCUCCCCUCUGUCAGUUUGAUAAAAUACGUGAACUCUAAAGCCUUAUGAUUUGAUUCCCACCCUUAGCAGCUCCCAGGAAGUUCUGGGUUCAUGCCCACCAUUAUGGACACCCAGGGUGUCACAGCAGAUCCUGAGCCUCAGGAGGCCUCAGGCCUGGGGCGGUGCACAUUCCUCACAACACCCCACUGCUUGCUUUUCCUAUGGAAAGCCCAUAUCUAAGCGGACAUUCUUGCAGAGGAAACAUCCAUUUUUUUCUCCCAUAUAGAUGAAAAUUUUAAGGAGGUUAUAAGGUGGUAGUAGCAGCUCCUACCAUAAGCCAGCCCAGGCAGGAUGGCACAGGGAGCUGCAUCUCCAGCAGGUCUCCAGAAAUACGAUAUUGAAAUUGUACAAGCAGGAAAGGCUUAUCCCAUGUGAGAAACUAAGUUGUGUUUUUGCAGC